AGUGGGGCUGUCAUGGCGGCCGGAGCGCGGCUGGAGAACGCGAACCCUUUGAUCUACGGGCGGAGCUCGGAGCGGCCUCUCACCGCCCGGGAGCAGGAGGAGGAGGCGGUGGACAUCAUCGACAACCGGGAGAUCUUUGAUCUGAUCAGGUCGAUCAAUGACCCAGAGCAUCCGCUGAGUCUGGAGGAGUUAAAUGUUGUGGAACAGCUUCGAGUUAACGUGGUUGACCAUGAGAACAGUGUAUCAGUGGCCUUCACACCGACCAUCCCUCAUUGCAGCAUGGCUACUCUCAUUGGCUUAUCCAUUAAAGUCAAGUUGCUGCGCUCGCUGCCUGCCCGCUUCAAGGUGGAUGUCCACAUUACUCCAGGAACUCAUGCUUCUGAAAAUGCAGUGAACAAGCAACUGGCUGAUAAAGAACGAGUGGCGGCUGCUCUGGAGAACUCACACCUAUUGGAGGUUGUUAAUCAAUGUCUGUCAGAAAGGUUGUGACCAGACCACAUCAUGGGACUUGCCUGAAGCAUGUCACAGCGUUUCUGAGCCCUGUGUGUGUGUCUGAGGGCUUCUGCAACGUUGGGGCUUUCCGUGAAGGGAAAUCUGGGAGGUCCCUGCACGUUAGAAUUCCAAGACAGGCUUUCCUAUGUGUAAGUCAGUUUGUAGAUAGAGAAUGAUUUGUGCACAUUCUUAUGAGUUAAUGAUCUGUCAUUCAUCGCCUACCAGCACUGUCUAUUUUGUGCCCGUCUGCAGGUCAGCUAAUGGGAGCUGGUAGGGACUAGCCUCCAUGGCAAAGGGGUAGGUAAAGGGGCUAGUUUGUGAACAUGCUGGUGUGAGGGAAUAGAGAUGUAGAGAUCCUAUCCUGAUGGCUCGAUCUGUGCUCAGUAUGUUUCUGCAGGUGAAUGACUGUGAUCAGGGAGUAGGUGUAAAGUUAGGGUGGUUGAGGUCAGAGAUACACGGAUGGGUCGUUAGGGGUGAUGCAAGUACAAACCCGUAUCCCAAAAUGUCUUGGCAGACUUUUCAACCUUCACUCUCCUCAUUCUCUGAUAUACUUACGCAUCAUCUCAAUCAUACGUAAACCUACUUCCUUAUACACAUCCUCACACAAUCUGAGUGACUACUGCAUUCAUCUGUUUGAGGUGUCCCAUAUGACAAGUGGCAAUGUAAAACCAUGUCCUUAAAUAAUUUUGAGUGUACUUCUAAUAAAGCGCAGUUUAUAAAACUCCA